AUGAACGUAGUCGAUGCGACUGACCGCGCAGAGGCUCACGAAGACCUCGAGCCGCCAUCGCUACUUACCAUCAUCCUCGACACUAAUCCACAUGCCUGGGCACUGCUAGGUGACAGUCUGCCACUAUCCAAGGCAGUAGCCAAUCUCCUCGUCUUCAUCAACGCUCACUUGGCUAUCAACUAUGCCAAUCGAGUUGCCGUUAUAGCCAGCCACGCCGAGAGAGCGGCAUGGCUAUACCCUACUCCUGCUCAUGCCAGGAAGCAAGAGACGCAGAUGAACGGGAGUGUGAGCAAUAGCCAUGCUCAGAACGGCGAAGGAAGAGGAGGUGCUGUGCAGCCACCUGACGAUGCCAACAAGUACCGGCCAUUCGCACAGAUGGAGUAUGCUUUCAUGGACAAUCUGCGCAAGCUCAUGGACUCAACGACCACAGAAGCAAUACAGUCUUCUCCUUCUACAAUGCUGGCUGGAGCGCUGACACGUGCUUUGGCCUACAUAUCUAAGCAGACCUCAACCGUUCCGACCACGACUACGAAUGCCCAGUUCAACUACUCGGACCCUUCUUCUGUAGCUGGUGGCAAUGAUCUGAACAACGAUCCUACCUCUAAUCAGACGACACAAGGUCUGACCAGCCGAGUCCUGAUCGUCUCCGUGUCUGGCGACCUGGCGGACAAGUACAUUGAGAUCAUGAACUCCAUCUUUGCCUGCCAGCGCUUGAGCAUCCCCAUCGACAUUCUCAAGCUUGCCGGCGAUCCUGUCUUUCUACAGCAAGCUGCUGACACUACUGGUGGAAUCUACAUGUCACUGUCAACACCACAAGCACGAGCUGGUCUGCUACAGUACCUCAUGUUCGCCUACCUACCCGAUCAGACAGCGCGCGAUCACCUGAUCAUGCCUGGUGAAGAUGGGACAUGUCUGCUUUGUGGUAGUCAUUUGAGCAUGGCGAACUAUGGCCAGAAGCCGGCUGUUGUUCCAAGGAAGAAGAAAGGGAAGAAGAAGAGGAUUGCAGAUAGUGGUGUUGACACACCAGGAAGUGGUAGUGGGACGCCUAUUCCUGUUUAG